CCCGUCAAGCACCUCAAAGCCCUUAUUAGAGCACCUAAGUACAAUUUGUUUUAUCCGGUUUCAUCUCCGCCGUGGAGGCUCGCCCUCCUCCGUGCCCACGUCUCGGAAACCCAAGCUCAGCAGGUGGAACCCGAAGCCAGUGAGACAACCCGGAUGAAGAAGUUCCAAAUCUACCGCUGGAACCCUGAGAAUCAGACGAAGCCGGAGCUGAAGGAAUACACCGUCAACCUCAAGGAUUGCGGCUCUAUGCUCCUCGACGCUCUCAUCAAGAUCAAGAACGAGGUCGAUCAGACCCUCACCUUCCGCCGUUCCUGCAGGGAAGGCAUCUGUGACUCAUGCGCGAUGAACAUCGACGGUUGCAACGGGCUUGCUUGCCUGACCGAGAUUCCAUCGGAGGCGAAGGAGACGAUGGUGACGCCGCUGCCUCAUAUGUUUGUGAUUAAGGAUUUGGUGGUGGAUAUGACGAAUUUCUACCAGGAGUAUAAGAGUACUGAGCCGUGGUUGAAGAGGAAGAGUCUGACGCCUGUUCUAGGGAAGGAGAUUCUGCAGAGCAAGAAGGAUAGGGAAAAGUUGGAUGGGAUGUAUGAGUGUAUUCUGUGCGCUUGUUGCAGUACUUCUUGCCCUAGUUAUUGGUGGAACCCUGAAUCUUAUCUUGGUCCUGCUGCUUUGCUUCACGCUAAUAGGUAUCAAUGCUUUCUUCUGUCUCUCUGAUUUGGUGAUUUUGAUGUUUUCAUCAAUUUUAUACUAGUGCAACAUGAAAUGAGAUUUCUGAACUAAUUUUUCUUUCACUGAAUGAUAUGUUUAAUCUGUCAUCAGAAUGCUUGCAAAUGAUUAUCCUUGAGAAAUUUGAAUUUUUUAGUAUUUUUUUUUGUCAAUUUUGACACUGUCUGCAAGUGCUUUAAGCGAAGGACACUACUGCCUGAUUUCACUCAUGAAGGAAUUUAAUCUGGUAUCUUGCUUAUAUUCGCACACAGUGGAAUGCUCGUUGAAGGCUGAGGUGGGAUUGAUCGUUUGUUAUUGGGCUCCUAGUAUUGCAUCGAUUCUGAGCAAAUCUAAGUGGUUCUGUUUUUUUAUUAUCGUUUGGUGUUGGGUUAUUUGGUUUCCUUGCCUUGUUGUGUUGUUACAACUCCAGUCUCCAGACUUGGGUUUGGUACAAGAGCAGCUGGAUUUCUUGUUACUAGUGUGGGUUUAAGUGGACAAUUGGAAUUGAAAUUGAUAGAGACUUGUCUUAUCACCUAAGCAACAACUUUUCUCCUAGAGUAUUAGGAUUUUCUACUUGCAGAUCCUGUUUUUUUGCUUGUUGGGGUAACUUACCUCAUCUUUUGUUUUGUUGGUUGGGUAAGUCUUGAAAGUAAUACUCAUGUCUCACUAAAUUCAAUUGUGCGGUACAUACGUGACUUUAAACAGAAAUCAUAACAGAUUAAAAUAUAUAUGGAAGAAAUAAACAUGUAAAGUAUUAAGGACCCAAGUAUUAAUACGUGGAAAACACUCCAUUAUCUUUCUUUUUUUUUAAAGAGAAAUCAUGCAACCGUAGUGCACUCCAUUAUCUUUUUUUUUUUUAAAUACAUUCCACUCUCUUAAACGGUUAGGUGUUUUGAAGGAAAAAAUAUUAAGAAGAUCCCACUACAUUGAACCGUUACCAGGUUAGAAGAAAAAGAAACUACCCCAUGUUUCAAACGUGGGAUUUUGAAUCAC